UGUACAUACAGUUAUACUCCGGCACAAUGUGUAAUUCAGACGACGGAUUGAUAUAGUGUAGAGAAGUCGCUUCGCUAUCCGCAUCGCAGAUCACUCCGUUCGUAAAUUUCGAAGUGUGGAACGUCACUCGACAAGAUGAGCAGACAACGAGUUUUGGUGACGAGCAACGAUGUACCACAGGCUGGCAUAGAUCUUCUGAAAGCCAAAUUUGAUGUGACAAUUCUACAAAGCCCAGUCACUACACGCGAACAAGUACUUCAAGCGCUUCCGGGCCACGAUGCUAUUUUUCUUGCAGGCCAUCACGUCGUGAACAAAGAAUUACUGGAUGUUGCAGGGCCAAGGUUGAAGGUGGUGUCAACAGCAUCUGCUGGAUACGAUCAUUUGGACGUACCUGAAAUAAAACGGCGGGGUUUAAAAGUAGGUAACACUCCCCAUGUCCUAACUGCUGCUGUUGCUGAGGUCGCUGUCAUGUUGACGUUGAACGCGGCCAGGCGAGCUCACGAGGGCCGUAUCAAAAUCGUCGAAAACAAGUGGGAGUCACGGCCGCAAUGGAUACUGGGCCGUGAUUUACGCGGUUCAACUGUAGGUAUAGUAGGCUUAGGUAACAUUGGACAAGCCAUUGUGAAGCGUCUGAAGCCAUUCGAAGUGGGCCGCUUCGUUUAUUCGGGCCACUCGAGAAAACAAGCAGGUGACGAUCUUGGAGCUACGUUUGUAUCGUUUGCUGAUCUCCUCAAGGAAAGUGAUUUCGUAAUAGUUGCAACGCCGUUGACAAAUGAAACUGCGAACAUGUUCAAUGACGACGCUUUUGCUCAAAUGAAAAAUACGGCGGUACUGGUGAACGUUGGACGCGGACCUGUCGUCGACACAGAUGCCCUCGUCAGAGCACUUCGAAAUCAUACAAUUUUUGCUGCGGGAUUGGAUGUCAUGAAUCCGGAGCCUCUUCCCAGUAACCAUCCACUUUUAAGCCUGCCAAACGCAGUUAUAAUUCCGCAUUUGGGCAGUGCAACGGUGAAAACCCGCUCUGACAUGGCUACAACAGCGGCUCAGAACGUGAUCAACGGCUUGGAAGGAAAACCACUGGUCUAUGAAUUGUAACGA